AUGUACAGCAACAGUCCCACCAAGGCUUUGUCACGGGAGGAGUGGCAGGCGCUAGAGCAGUCGUCCCUCAAGGCUGUGGGGACCAUUGUCGGCUCUCUGAAGACGAUCUUGGGAGAGGUGCAAAGCGCUAUCGAUGGCAACUCGUUCCACCAGAACAACAACUCGGGUGACUUGUACAGUGAAGGGAAAAGGCAUGAGGAGACUGAAGUGCAGGAUUCGUUUCAAGCUCUGGCCCAGCAGCGAAAGAGUGACUAUGAAGACUUCAUUGCCUGCAUGCGGCAGGCGAACGCUUGGGAUCUUCGCACGCGACUGCAAAGGUUUGUAAAGACUUUUAACGAGGGACCAAGGUACUCGAGAGACGUGAGUCGAGAGGUUGUACAGAAUUUUCUCAUCGACAUGGAGAACUGGAUGCUGCAGCAUCCCAUAUGGAUGAAUCGAACAGCAGAGCUGCAGAUCCGCGCACUUGACAGUUUGGAGCAAUAUGUCACCACUCGCAUCCACAAGCGAAUUUUUGCACCCGACAUGAUGUCAAGGAAACGAGACUCGGAGCUCAGAAUGAGGAUCGCGCGACUGAGAUUCAUCGGGCCGGAUCACUUGGACAUCCCGGCAACGAAUAGGAACGACGAGUCGUGGGAGAAGUCCGUAAAAGCUCUACAGGUGAUGUCUGAACGAACGUCUCCCAUUGAGAAGCUUGAUUGUAUCCUGGAGGCCUCUCGGCAUAUCUGUUCAGCUCCGACCUUGAAUGGUCUCCACACGACAGUCUCGGCAGAUGAUUUCCUUCCUGUCCUGGUCUACAUCGUGCUGAGAGCGAACCCUUCCGAACUGCCUUCAAACAUCGACUUCAUCAGCGAUUACCGAUCUCGAUCAAGGAAUGUCGGGGAAGCAGCUUAUUUUUUUACGCAUCUCGCAGGUGCACUGCACUUCAUUGAAACCCUCGAUGCUACUCGGCUCUCGAUUGAACCCUCGCUAUUUGACCGGCUGAUGGAGAGUGAAGACGAAAACAUCUACUCCUUUGUAACGGACUUAUCUUCCAUCAAGAUAACCCCAGAGAUCGACGUCAGCAGCCAAGACUUUCCUCCUACUAGCACCAACAGUUCAGCAGACGCUGGCGCAGGUAGCGAGCAUGGUGAAAGCGACCCUAACGGCUCAUCGCACAGCCUGGAUGAGCUGGAGAGCGACUGGGAGCAGAAGCAUAUCCUGGAAGCAGGCGACGGAGAGAACGGGGAUCCCUCUGGAGCAGGAGAGACAUCACGGAGCAACGCGGGAGGAGGCUUGCAGCAGCAGUCUCCUCCUCGUUGGUCAAUGAAGCCUCAGCUAUCCAAGCACCUCAAGCCCACCGUUCAGAUCGCCUCCUCUCCCAGUAUCCUAGGCAGCACGGUGGAGUACAGCCCGGGCCCGCAAGAUAGUCCGCAAAAGCUGGGGAAGAAGAAGACGUUGGCGGAACUUGGGCUGCUUGACUCCGUUGACAGGCGGUUCGGGGAGGAGGGAGAAGGUCUCGGCUGGCUUAUGAUGAGCGGCGCGGCUGCUGGUUCCAAGACCUGA